CAGUCGUCAGAUUCGAAAGAUUCAUUAUCAUAAGCUUUUCACUUCCUUCACGUCUUCAACCUUAAUUUCUUGAGAAAAAUAAAAUAAAAGCCCUAAUUUUGUUAUUGGAUUUGGUUCUUCUGAAAAAAAAAAAAAAAAAAAAAUGAGCGGCAAUUUGAGAACGAUCUGUCGGCCUCACGCGGUGUUCACUUCACUUAUAAGUUACAGGGACCAAGCUCGCUCGGUAAUUAGGGUUUCAUUUCGAAACCCUAGCUAUAAACCUCGAUUGUCUCCUUGGUUUGGUUCCAGAGAUUUGAAUCGGACCGAGUCGUGGUUUCGCGUAACUCAGAGAAGAACUGUUGUUAGUGCCUCCAAUUGGGCCGACCAAAAAUCUCCCUACGAAACCCUCGAGUUAGAAAGGGAUGCUGAUGAAGAGCAGAUAAAGGUUGCUUACAGGCGCUUGGCGAAAUUCUAUCAUCCAGAUGUAUAUGAUGGUAGAGGGACCCUUGAAGAAGGAGAAACAGCUGAAGCUAGAUUCAUUAAGAUUCAAGCAGCUUACGAGUUGCUGAUAGAUGAGGAAAAACGAAGGCAAUAUGAUAUGGAUAAUCGAGUCAAUCCUAUGAAGGCAUCCCAAGCAUGGAUGGAAUGGCUUAUAAAAAAGAGAAAAGCUUUUGAUCAGCGGGGUGACAUGGCAAUUGCAGCUUGGGCUGAGCAGCAGCAGCUUCAGUUAAAUCUUCGUGCACGCCGUCUUUCUCGUUCAAAGAUUGACCCUGAUGAAGAAAGAAAAAUUUUGGCUAAAGAGCAAAAGGCAUCCAGGGAGUAUUUUACCAAUACUUUGAAGCGGCAUACACUUGUGUUAAAGAAAAGGGACUUGAUGAGAAAGAAAUCAGAGGAUGAAAAGAAAAGGGUCAUCAGUCAGCUUUUAGCUGCGGAGGGCCUUGAGCUUGAUACAGAUGACGAUGAAACAAAGUAGGUGACGCUGCAGAUACUUAUUCACCACUUUCUAUUGUACAAUACAUUUCAGAAACAUUCUUAAUAUCUUAUACGUAUUUAUUGUACCAAAAAAAA